ACGGACUCGCGCCGUUUGCCCCUCUUUGCUUGCCCUGCGUGCCGUCGUUCGCUUGAGAGCUUGCGCUGAUACUUGGGAUCCUUCGCAGGUCGUUGACGUCACCCUCAAACGCCCGACUCUCCAACCAGCGACAUCCACGGUGACGACCAGAUUGUGAUCUUGCCACUCUGUCACCGCACGACCGCACGCCGUUCAACCUGGCAGGCAACAAACGCCGCAGCUUCUCCAGUAACGGAGGCUUGCUGAAUCGCAUGUUUGGCACCUCCCCUGGAAAAGACGACGAACUUGCUGUUAACGACAGCUCCGCGACCACCGACCCCCGAGGACCCGCGCCCGCGGCUUCGCACGACUCAGCUAUGGGAGGAGCGCCCGCCGGAAAUGGCCUGGACCGGAAGUCAAGCGAUGCCUCAAACCCCAACACAGACAAGAAGAGGCGGAGUAGCGGCGUGUCGCGCGCGCGGGACAUGUUCUCGAGCGCAAAGCAGUCGCUGCACCUGAGCGCCAAUCCCAACGCCGCCGCUGCGCCUGGCUCUUCGCCGGCCAAGAACGAGACCCCCAUGCAGAAGCUCGGGAAAUCAGACGCCGCCCUCAGCGUGCCGCAGGGCUCUCUCAACAACUCUGCGGGUGAGUCUGCGCCCACACCGCGGUCGACGUUCCGAGUUGGUGUGACAGAAGACAAGAACAAGAAAUGCAGGCGCACAAUGGAGGACACACACGCAUAUCUGUACAACUUCCUGAGCACACCUGCGCCUUCGUUUGGCGGCGAGAAGAGAGGCUCGACGUCCGACGCUGGCUCCGUGCAAUCUGACAGCACCAAUCAGCAAGUUGCCGAGACCGAUAACGGGUACUUUGCCAUCUUCGACGGCCAUGCCGGGACCUUUGCUGCCGACUGGUGUGGAAAGAAGCUGCACUUGAUUCUGGAAGAGACGAUCAAGAAGAACCCCAACACACCGAUCCCGGAGUUGCUCGACCAGACCUUUACAGCGGUCGACAACCAGCUCGAAAAGCUGCCCCUCAAGAACAGCGGAUGCACCGCAAUCACUGCGGUUCUGAGGUGGGAAGACAGAAUCCCCAACGCCCAGUCUUCUACUGGAUCGGUCCUCUUUGCUCCUGCUGCUGCGUCGGCUGUCAAGUCUGAGGCUGGGGAGAGUGCCCAGGUGGAGACCGCUGAGGCACAUGCCGUCGCAGAUCGGUUGCAGAGCGAGGCCAGCCGUCAGCGAGUGCUAUACACAGCCAACGUUGGCGAUGCGCGUAUCGUCCUUUGCAGAAAUGGCAGGGCCCUCCGCCUCUCGUACGACCACAAGGGCAGCGACGAAAACGAAGGGCGCCGCGUGGCCAGCGCUGGCGGGCUGAUUCUCAACAACCGCGUCAACGGUGUACUUGCCGUCACACGUGCGCUCGGCGAUGCCUAUAUGAAGGACCUGGUCACAGGCCAUCCCUACACCACAGAGACGGUGAUCCAGGCAGAUCAAGACGAAUUCCUGAUUCUAGCUUGCGAUGGCCUGUGGGACGUCUGCUCUGACCAGGAGGCCGUCGAUCUGGUCCGCCAGAUCCAGGAUCCGCAGGAAGCGUCCAAGCGACUGGUCGACUACGCCCUGGCUCGUUUCUCAACAGACAACCUGUCGUGCAUGGUAGUGCGCUUCGACAACAAGGCCGUGCGGCAACGAAAGAACGAGGGCGCCAUCGGCGUCGAAGGCGACCCGCUGACAGCCAGGGGCAACAUGACCGAGGCCGAGGCGAUUGUCGCGCAGGCAAGGCGGUCGAUUGGCGAGCCACAGCAAAGUGUCGAGAGCGCGGCCGCCAAGAUCAUCCAAGAAGAAGAGAAGACAGAGCCGGGCCCGGAGCUGAACCUGGAUGCAGCGAAGGCGGCGCAGAAGAACCCAGCUUAGAUUUCCUAGCUCGACGAGAUAUAUCAGACGAGGGGUGGCAAUGUGCUUUAAGGCAUCGCGAGGGCCUGGUCUCUCCUGUAUGCAUGCUCUGUGUUUGAGCUGUGUGAAGCCAGGCGUUCUGGCUGAGAAUUGACAGUUUCACUCGUGCUGUUUGACUAUUCCCACUCAUGGUGUUUAUCUACUAGACCGGCUAAGAAUUGCGAGUUCACACCAUGCUUUAUCUACCGGACUGGGAUGCCCCGCGUGCAGUCCGUGCGCCGUGUCGUGUCUGCAGGAGCUCCGACGUUCCC